UCGCAAGCUUAAGCAGACACGCCCGUGGUCACCGGUCAACCGUCGUCUUCAAUAAUGCCCAGCUAUCCCAUCCUUACUGCGCUCAGUCUGCCUGCGGUCUCUACAUUUCCUUCAGCAGGCUGCAUACAAUGGUCUGCUGACGGGCAAGCAAUAUUGCUUAGCAAAUCUGCAAUCUAUAUUCUCACACCAGAGCCCGGAAUCGCUGUCGACGAGUCGUCUGUUAUUAAGCAGACUCUGGAUAGAACCUUGACAAUAGGUGGUCAAAAACCUAUUGGCUGGCUGCGCACCAUGCUUGGGAACGGAAAGGAGUCUGAUCUGCACGUUUGGGCUGAAGUGACCAAAGACUGGUGGGGAUCCGUGUCGCUGGGGUCCACGGACCCGUCCUUUCGUGCUGUGACGUGUUCACCGAGCAAUAUCUACGCAGAUGCUGGGUGCAUAUAUGCGGUCUUGGAUUCCAAUGCAGAAAUCUUUCUGUUCAGGCCUGUAAAGGAUCCGUUGACUGGACAGUGGCUUAAGUUCGCCGAUUUGCAUCAGGUUCUUACAGACGCUAGUGAGACAUUGAUACCGGACGACGACGAAAAGAAGGUCCUUUGCCAGACACUUCACAGACAAUCCACAUGCAUUGCAUGGUCACCGUCAGUAGACUUUGGCAUGUCCCCUGCACCGGAUGUGGAUGGUUCUCUUCUCGCCAUCGGAAACAGAGCUGGCCGCGUUCAUAUUUUACGGUACAACCAAGGGCUUAACUCGUCACAUCUUAUGCGGCGUGUAACAAGCGUAGUCAUCGGGGAACGAUGGGUAACUCAUCUUGCCUGGUCCACCGCGAUAUGCACGCGUCCUGAGACUUCACAGACAUACCUAGCUUGCGCACUUGCUGACGGUUCGGUGACUGUCGUGGCUGUUGUUCAAACACUCGCAGCGUGCUCUAAUAUGCCGGCUUUCCAUCCUGAGUAUGAUCUCAUCACCUCUACAGAAGAUGUGAAGGAAGAGGUGAUUCAUGGGGACAAAAGAGCGACAACAUCUCUGCGCUGGAUCAACACUUCUCGUGCUGAGCCCAUCCUUGUAUUCACCAAGUCUGGCGUCCUUCAUCUCUGGUCCAAGCCUUCGGCGUUCACGGCGUGGUCAGGUCUCCUUACUGGCGUCACAUAUUCACCACGAUGCGACGCACUUGUCGUGAGCCUAGCAGAUGGAUCCUUGCAUAUUGUGCGAAAAGUCACUUCCGAUCCGACGCUGGCCUUAGGAAUCCCGGAAGACAAUUUGACCUCAGAAUCGAUCUCGAAGACGGCGCGUUCAGCGUUCAUAAAGGUCGAAGAGGAUGAUGUAGACAAACAACAGGUGAACGCGAUACAUGGGAUGACAUCUUACGAUGGUGAUUCCUUUUACAUCUGGAUACAUGAAGGUCUUCGACCGACAGAUUUCAGUUACAAGCACGAUGCCAAACAUACGAGCAUGAUACUCGCCGCGCAGCUCUGGGACGGCAAGAGCGAUGAUCAUGUCAUGCAAGAUGUAGCGGAUGUAUUCUCGCGGUGCAAAGCAUCUUCCGGCGAAUCUCCCAUAGCCACCCUUCGACCUCUCUUCCUAGAGCUCCGUGAUCCCGACCGUCUCCGCCGCCUGCACCCCCGCAUUCUCCCCCUCGUGCGCCUGCAGCAUCUUCCUGACGAUUUCCCCAACACCGUGCUUUCCGCCUGGACUGGUCCACUGACCCCAGCUUUCCGGGCGCAGUUUCGGCGAUCACUGCGGACGCACCUCUUUGGCCGCAACAGCUUCCUAUCGCAACGCCUGUGCGUCAUGCUGGCGAGUUUCUGCGAGCAUGAGAGCGAAGAUGAGGCGAUACGAGAAGCCUUCCGUAAGGCUGUUGCGGACACGGUCGGUACGCUCUGGCCCAGGCUUUUACGUAUUGUCCUCCGGCACAUCGCCGCGGUGCUUUCCCUCCUUACUGAGCCCGACGUGCCCUUCGUCCUCCGCGUCAUCGUGCAGGCUCUAUUGCCGGAUAUCCCGAACGAUCUCCAGCAAGAGGCACACGAACUCUCGACGCAGAUCCAGGCCACGGUGCCCUCGACGAUUACAGAUGCGACGAGCCUGGGGCUUGAUGAACAGUGUCCUGCGUGCCGUGGCAAGGUGUCGUUGCAGGACAUUAACACCGCUACGUGUCCGAACGGACACAUCUGGCCGCGCUGCUCAAUCACAUCCUUCAUCCUCAGUACACCAAUGGUGCGCACGUGCAUGGGCUGCAGCCGCAAGGCCCUCCUCCCACCGCCCACCUCGGUCAUGCGUUGGUUGCCCCCCUCGGCGCGCAGCUGGCUCGUCGAGGAUCUUCUCAGUGCAGUUCGCCGGUGUUUCUUCUGCGGAUGCGGUUUCGCCACGCUUCUCUGAGAGUCUCCUGUGGCCAAGGGUCAUGAGGAGGUGUGAUGCAUCUCGUGACCACCACAGCCGUGUUCACUAGGCUUCGCGGGUGAAAUGCGUACGACUAAUUCACGUCGCGUAAUGGCCCGCAUUGAAAUUAAAGCUACCAGGAACUUGGCGGGCGACUUAUCGCGAUGUGCACAUAUCAGACCGUUAGGAAAAGAGCAUAUACUUGGGAAUGGUCGAGAAUCGGCUACGAGAUGAUACAGUACCCAUGGAAAUUAUAUACGGCAUGGGCAGCAAGAGGAAGUUUCCACAGCAUGAUAAUACAAUUAUAUACGAAAGUGGUGGUCAUCGAGAGUUAGAUAGAAGGCAAGUGGGUUGACAGACGACCAAGAAAGAUGAGCGGUCGAACAUCGUACAUAAAAAUAUUUAAGUGACGAAAGCCAAAGAGGCGAGGAGAUUAAUAUACAAGGACCAAGAGCAGCGAAAUCUUACUAUUGGUACCCAGGAAUCAAGGAGUGCCUACGAGUAGCACGUCACAAGCAGUACACCGAGGCCAGUGUUCUUCACGAAGUCGCGGGGUACCUUCCGGCAGCCUUUACCACGACUAAGAUCCUUCACGAGAGCCUUGCGGCUAGGGUGCAUGACCUUGCGGAGCGCAUCAAGGCCGUUGUCGCGUUGCUCGAGGUAGUCGCGCACAUUAAGAAAUGCACUUGACUUGAGGAGCGCUUUCGCAGCCUUGAUGCUCCGCGGGAGGCUCGGGAGCGUGUAGAAGUACUGUUCCGACGUAGACGUCGUCGCAGAACAGAGACCGAGCUCGACGAUCAGAGCCUGCAGGAACGUGAGGUUACCCCUCUCUUUGACUUCGGUGGAGGGAGACGAGAGGAAGCUGUAUAGAUCAUCCUUGU